GAUCGGGCGUACCAGACGUGUAGCAAAAGUGAAUUACGGAAAUUUCGACUCUAUCCCCGUGCACUAAGAUUUAUAUUGCAAUCAAAGGGACUAUUAUUAUAACCCGGUCGUUUAGAGAAGACAGUUGAACUAUUGUGGAUUGGAGUGUGCAGUGAAGUUUUGAUUCGGUAGGAUCACACGACAGCAGUAUGUGUUGAAGCGUACAAUGUGACAUUACUUCGGUAAUGUAAUUUCCUCCACCAAUACCACCAUGGAUCCGCAGGAGUUGGUGCCUUUAGAAGCAAGCAACGCCUCCCGCCGCCGCGUCACCCGCCAAUGCACGCAUCUCGCCUCCCGCGCUUGCUACCAAGGGCCCCUGAGGAUAUGCCGGCUGUUAGCUCUCCUCAUACUGCUGCCAAGCGUGUUCAUCUUCGUGCCUUUAUACAUGAGGUACCGGGUGUUCUCCGGCCAAAUGUACCCGAUGAGCAUGAGCGACAUGCGGCUCAUAGAUAGCAGGAUCUCCACGACUUGGUGCCAGAGCCAAGUGGUAAAGUCCAAUACGACCUUCAACGCGUUCGUAGUGCCUGGCCAGCCGGAACUGCUGGACGAGCUGGUGCCAGUCUCCAUGACGAGGCAGUUAGAGCUACAGGACGAUAUGAAGGAGUACUGGGGCUUUUAUCUGCUGAAAGGGUCUACGGUCACGGUUUCCACUUGCGUAAGCUGGCCAGGAGCCUCCCUCAUCAUGAUCAAAGGCUACAAGCACCUGCAAGGCUGCGCCUACAUCGGUGACGACUCCUCCGAAGAACUAGACGAAUUACUGGAAGCCAACAAAAAGGGGCUGCUGUCCAACGACCUGCUCAAGCAGAAGAUUCUGGAGCUGAAGAAGGUGGACGGGAAGGCUAAUGAUCCAGGGGCGAUGAAGAGGCACAAAGCGGGGGUAAGCUUCCACGACCCCAGCCAUGGCGUCAAUAACAUCUCUUCGGAUAACGUGCCCACCAUCGACGUUACUGACCAUGACCCUAAGGAGCUCCGAGCAAUCCUCGAACACUUCCACGCUCUCCGCCAGAAGGCCAAGGAUGAGAUGUUAAAGCACUACCGUCCGCCGUCCCACCUGAUGUCCCUCCCAGGAUUGCAUCGCCACCGGGACACUAAUGUAGACCGGGACGAGAGGAAGUGGCUGUCUUUCAAAGCUAAGGAUGAGAUGCUGAAGCACUACCGGCCGCCGUCCCACCUGAUGUCCCUCCCAGGAUUGCACCGCCACCGGGACACUAAUGUAGACCAGGACGAGAGGAAGUGGCUGUCUUUCAAAGAUCUUGAGAACAAGACGAGUGAAGAAGUGAAUGAGAAAAUUAAAAUUUCUCACGAAGAAAUUGCAUCUGCUACUGUACCUGAAACUACAACAAUUGUGCAAACUACAACUUACAAAGCACACCCAAAGCUUGAAGUCUUAGCAAAAAGUGAUAAAAAAUUAAAAAGUGAUAGUGAUAAUAAAAUAUUUAAUAGUGAUAGUGAUAAAGAAAACAAAAGAAGUGAUGGUGAUGAAAGAACUUAUGAUAGAGUAAACAAAACUGUUAUCAAUAGUUUAGAAGCUCCUCGUGUAAAGUUAAGAGAAGGUGAAAAGAAUUAUACUGCAAUGAUGAUAGAGACAGACGAGCAAACCUCCAAAGAAGUGUUUGAAGAUGUCCUCAAGAGGCUACAGGCUUUAGGACCGAAGGGCAAGAGGGUUCUCGUGAAGUUACAUGCUACUAUGGGGGUGGAGUAUAAUGAGAUUUCUGCCGAAACUAACGAGGGCAUAAUGUCAGCAGUGAACGGCAACGAUGAGGAGCUGGACAGGCUGCGACAAGUGCUCGUAGAAGCUAUUGAUGAAGAGAAGACCAGGGCACAGAGGCAGCACGGCGAAGCAUUACACCACGAGCAACUCAACGAGACCACGCCUUACGAUAUGAGCAACUCCGAGUUCUGGUCAUCCUUCUCUAGCAGCGAGGAGGCUUUACUAGAGUGCGAGGGCCUGAUCCUCAACCUGCCUCUGACUCCUCACAGCACCUGUCGAGCUGACGCUUCGGAUGAGGAGACCUUGGCUGCUUCGAGAGCUAACGCUUUGACUUACAG